AUGCCAAAUGGAUCUCUUGAUAAGCAUAUAUUUUCCAAGACAGGCAAAUAUCUAUCAUUUAGUUGGGACAAACUAUUUGAAAUUGCUCUUGCAACUGCUCGUGGGAUUGAGUAUCUCCAUGGAGGAUGUGAUGUGUAUAUUCUUCAUUUCGACAUUAAGCCACACAAUAUCUUGCUAGACCAAAAUUUAAUCCCAAAAUUCUCUGACUUUGGACUUGCAAAAUUUUAUCCAAAGGAAAAUGAUUUUGUGUCUAUUAGUGCUACAAGGGGAACAAUAGGAUACAUAGCUCCUGAAUUGAUUUCAAGGAAUUUUGGAACAGUUUCUUGGAAGUCAGAUAUAUAUAGCUUUGGAAUGUUGCUGUUGGAAAUGGUUGGAGGAAGAAAAAAUUCUGAUAUGAAGGCAGCUCGUUCAAGCAAAGCAUACUUCCUCUCAUGGGUAUAUGACCAAAUCAAUAUUAGUGGAGAUUUAGAGCUCCUAGAUUUGACUGAAAAUGAAAUCAUGAUUGCAAGAAAACUUUGUUUAAUUGGGUUAUGGUGCAUACAAGUGAAGCCUUCAAAUAGUCCCUCAAUUACAAAGGUUAUUGAAAUGUUAGAAGGGAGAACCGAUGACUUGUAA